UUAGGCCAGAGAAAAGUGCUAAUAGAGUCACCAAAACAACCGGCAAUUAAUAUGAGGAAACCUCAACGCAAUCAUUACACACCAGUUAUGGAUAAAUACGAAAAGAUAGCAAAGAUUGGCGAAGGAAGCUAUGGUAUUGUAUUCAAGUGUCGUAACCGCGAAAAUAACGGCCAACUGGUGGCCAUCAAAAAAUACGUCGAAACAGAGGACGACCCCCUAAUCAAAAAGAUUGCCUUAAGAGAGAUACGAAUGCUUAAACUCUUAAAGCAUCCGAAUCUCAUUAAUCUGAUUGAAGUGUUUAGACGUAAACGAAAAUUGCAUUUAGUGUUCGAGUACUGCGAGCUAACAGUGCUCGACAUACUUGAAAAGUAUCCGAAAGGCGUUCCCGACGGUCUGACCAAAAAAAUUAUUUGGCAAACAUUAAAUGCCAUUAAUUUUUGUCAUCAGCACAAUUGCAUUCAUCGAGACGUCAAACCGGAAAACAUUUUGCUCACCAAAGACUGUAUCGUAAAACUGUGUGACUUUGGUUUUGCCCGAACACUAAAUCCGGGCGAAAAUUAUACCGACUAUGUGGCCACCCGUUGGUAUCGACCACCCGAACUGCUGGUCGGCGACACACAAUACGGUGCACCAGUCGAUGUCUGGGCCAUUGGCUGUGUAACAGCUGAACUGAUGCGCGGUGAGGCACUGUGGCCGGGAAAGUCCGAUGUCGACCAAUUGUAUUUAAUUCGUAAGACAAUCGGCGAUCUAAUGGCCCGACAUAUGACAGUAUUCAAGACCAAUGAGUUUUUUACGGGUGUCGUACUACCCGAACCCGAAACUCACGAACCGUUGGAUACGAAAAUACCGAAACAAAUUGAAGAAUCGGGUAUGGAUUUUCUCUAUAAUUGUUUGGACAAGGAUCCACAAAAACGGCAUACUUGCGACCAAUUAAUGCGACACCAGUACUUUAAUAAUGUUAAACUACCGGAGCUUAACGAUCAGGAAUCAGGAAACAACAGUACUUCGGAUAGUAUUAGAAAUCAGUCAUCAAAAUUCAUACGACAACGAUCUAAAUACGGACAAACAAUAUUGCCGACACUGUUGACCAAUACUGUCAAGACUGGGACACCCGAUAUACGGGCCGUACAGUUGCACUCAAGGUAUGUCAACCAAAACAACGCCAAUAAUAAUAAUAAUAACCUCAACAACAACAACAAUAUCAAGAGUAUGGCACCCAUACAUCAGGGAUCGGUUGAUCGCAAUGAUAACUACGGACCACUUACUCGGACCACACUGCUUAAUAUUUUAUUGCUAACAUCAAUUGUAACGCCAUUACUACUACAGGUAUUAAUUUGUGAACAUCUAGUAUUAGCUAACAGUGUUGCAGUGAUUGAUAACAAUAUUGAUGGACAUAACGGUACCACCAGAUGCUUGUCAUCAUUGUUAACCCGUAGUCCAUUGAAUUGGAUUCAACAAGCAUUAAAUACGGCCUCAAAUGCGUUCAGUUUGGGUAUAGAAACGGCCGGCCAGUGGUUUGGUUUUGGUAUCAAUGCAGCCAAUGAUUGGUUCAACUUUUUGACAAAUCCACAAAACAAUACUAAUAUUGAUAAUGAUAUUAACGGCAACUCUACCAACACAAGUGAAUCGUUAAAAGUAAUGAGACUGCAAACAGAAAUACAGAGAUUGGAAAAAGAUUUGGGAAACUGGAACACUUGGUUUCGUAGAGUCAAAGAGAAACGACUCGUUGAGCUCAGGGAUCAACUCAAACAGUUAGCUGAGAAAAAUCAAUUGAACAUUAAUGGGGUGAAACCAGAGACGACAGCACCAGCACCGCCACCACUAACACCACUAGAUGUUAGUAAUGUUAACUUCAAUUUGAGUACAACAAGUAUUCCUCACAUACCUAACGUUAGUACUAUUACUACUACCACUACUACUACUACUACUACCGAAGCUCCAAUGGUCGGCACUGUUAGCAAUCAAACACAGGAUGACACUGUGGUCUCGAUUUUCUCAUAGACUCUACUUGCUCUCUAUGCUAUCUUUUAACUCUCUCUCUCUCUCUCUCUCUCUCUCUCUCUCUCUCUCUCUCUCUCUCUCUCUCUCUCUCUAUUCUCUAACCUCUCUCACUUGAUAUCACACACAGACACACAUACUCUAAACGCUACACAAUUAUGUUAUACAAUGUUAUUUGCUGUUUUCAACACACACAUACACAUACACACACUUAUAACACACACACACACAACUACACGACUGUAUAUUGUGUGUGUAAUAUUAAAUUAUCUUACUUUUAUGCCGACACUAUGUAAAAAAAGACUGGAAAACCUGUUAAAA